GCCGUGUCGGGUGGUGGAGGGUUACGACACAUUUACAAAUAACGCGAUCUAACCCAAAAACCUUUAUUAUGCAUUACGUUUGUUUGAUUCAAUUGACUUAAUGAAUGCCUACUCUUUGGUUCUUUGCGGUAAAGUUACGUGGUGGGUAUAAAAUAAAAUAAAUCACGGCGUUUCGGGCGCAACGCAAGCGAUCGUCAUCGGGUGGGAAAGCUUCAAAUUAAGAUAUUGUGAUGCCCCUUGACGCUGUGAAUAAAACUCCUGCUGAAGAAGAUAUUGUGAUACCCCUUGACGCUGUUAAUAAAACUCCUGCUGAAGAAGAUAUUGUGAUGCCCCUUGACGCUGUUAAUAAAACUCCUGCUGAAGAAGCUAUUGUGAUGCCCCUUGACGCUGUGAAUAAAACUCCUGCUGAAGAAGAUAUUGUGAUGCCCCUUGACGCUGUUAAUAAAACUCCUGCUGAAGAAGAUAUUGUGAUGCCCCUUGACGCUGUGAAUAAAACUCCUGCUGAAGAAGAUAUUGUGAUGCCCCUUGACGCUGUUAAUAAAACUCCUGCUGAAGAAGAUAUUGUGAUGCCCCUUGACGCUGUGAAUAAAACUCCUGCUGAAGAAGAUAUUGUGAUGCCCCUUGACGCUGUUAAUAAAACUCCUGCUGAAGAAGCUAUUGUGAUGCCCCUUGACGCUGUGAAUAAAACUCCUGCUGAAGAAGAUAUUGUGAUGCCCCUUGACGCUGUUAAUAAAACUCCUGCUGAAGAAGAUAUUGUGAUGCCCCUUGACGCUGUUAAUAAAACUCCUGCUGAAGAAGAUAUUGUGAUGCCCCUUGACGCUGUUAAUAAAACUCCUGCUGAAGAAGAUAUUGUGAUGCCCCUUGACGCUGUGAAUAAAACUCCUGCUGAAGAAGAUAUUGUGAUGCCCCUUGACGCUGUUAAUAAAACUGCUGAAGAAGAUAUUGUGAUGCCCCUUGACGCUGUUAAUAAAACUCCUGCUGAAGAAGAUAUUGUGAUGCCCCUUGACGCUGUUAAUAAAACUCCUGCUGAAGAAGAUAUUGUGAUGCCCCUUGACGCUGUUAAUAAAACUCCUGCUGAAGAAGAUAUUGUGAUGCCCCUUGACGCUGUUAAUAAAACUCCUGCUGAAGAAGAUAUUGUGAUGCCCCUUGACGCUGUUAAUAAAACUCCUGCUGAAGAAGAUAUUGUGAUGCCCCUUGACGCUGUUAAUAAAACUCCUGCUGAAGAAGAUAUUGUGAUGCCCCUUGACGCUGUUAAUAAAACUCCUGCUGAAGAAGAUAUUGUGAUGCCCGUUGACGCUGUUAAUAAAACUCCUGCUGAAGAAGCUGUGUGUGUGCGUGCGUGCGCGUUCCCUCCUUGUCAGCGGGACCCUAAUCGCACUUUAAAAUUGAUUUUUGCUUCACCAGACGACAAGUCGGGAGACCAGGAUAGCAGCAGCGUCUGCGUGCUGUCGUGUGGGUGAGAUAGUCGUGGAUAGUUGGGGGAGCGGCGGUGCAGCGGUUAGCGCCACGCUGCGCUACGAACCGGGCCAUGUGACCCGAGUUCGACUCCCGCUCGCGGGUCAGCACCACUGAUGGCGAUUAUCCCGAACCGGUCCUGGGCCCUCCCGAAGGUCGAUUCGGCUUCAAAUGACUACCCGGUGCGGUGUGUAGUCAACGUCGGCGCUCGGGGAGACAAAGGCGGCCGGGUCGUGGUUGCUGGCCACCCACCCGCCUCGGUGCAAUAUAGCUUAGUGUAUUAAUAGUGUAGUGUAUAGUGUUACGUAUGGUAGU